GUACGGAAAUACCUUCCUUUCAUCAUCGUUCUCAACUUUGCUAUGUUUAAUAAAUUUGUUCCAUUUUAUUAUCAUUAUGUGUUCGCUAUUCUUUUGAAACGGUAGUCGUAACGCGUAACUACUUAUUUUUUUUAUACAAUGAUUUCGUAUCGUUUCUGUAUUUGAAACAAAUUAUUAAAAAUAAUAACAUAGUGUAGUGAAAUUAGUGAACAAACAAAAUGAGUGCCAACAAGGAAUUUGAAACGAAGUUUCCCGAAGACGAGAAUACGGACUCUGGUUUCUUGUCUGGAGAACAGCUGUUCUCUGGUGAAUUAAAUAGCGGUGCAGUGGAUUGUGGUGAUGAAAAAAAAGUGCAUAGUUCUAGUGCAGACACGAACCUUGACAGUGGGGUAGUGUGUUUAACGGAAAGUUUAUCAAAUUUGGAUUUGGAUGUGACACCCACGGCGCUACCGCCACAUGUAGAUGUUAAAGACAUUACCUCAUUAUUAUACUUCCAACAGGACGAUGACGGAGAUUCAACGUUACACGUGGCCGCUGUUCACGGUUGCGAGAAAUCCGUCAGCAUGCUCAUCAAAUUGUGCCCAGAGAAGUCGUGGCUUGACUUGACGAAUGACUACGGACACACUGCUCUCCAUCUGGCAGUGAUGAGCGGCUUUCCAGUAGUCACGAGGAUGCUAGUGCUGGCUGGAGCGUCGUUGGGGGCGAGAGACCGAUCGGGCAAAACACCUUUACACAUAGCCACCGAAACGAAUCAAUUGGAGUGCCUCAAAGCCCUCCUGCAACCAGUCAAAGAACACCCAACUAGAAAAAUGUCGACAAUAUUAAAUCAGAAAAAUUAUAAUGGUCAGACAUGCGUCCACGUUGCAGCUAAGCUUGGACACAUCAAGACACUACAGACGCUGGUCUACUACGGCGCAGAUAUCAAUGUUAGAGAAGGACUAGCGGGUUGGACGCCGCUGCACAUCGCGGCGCGGCGCGGCGACGCGCGGCUGGCGCAGUACCUUCUGGAUCAGUGCGCGGGCGUGGCGAGGGCCGCUCGCGACUUCGCGGGCCGCACCGCCCGCCGGCUCGCGCGCCGCACGUCCGCCGCGCGGGUGUUCGCCGCGCACCCCGCCGACGACUCCGACACCGACACCGAUGACGAUGAUGAUAUGUAUGACAGCGACAACGAGAGCCUAUUUGAUAAGCUGCGCGAUAGCCUCAACCCCAUAAACGUCGCCUAAUCACCCACACUACCAGCUAAUUAGAAAGCCUACCGAGGAACGCCGCGAAUGAAGAACACCGCGUCGGCACAGUCGACACCGUUCCGUUGCCUCAUCCAUACGGUUCCAGAGCCAAAAUGGAACCCUUAAUUAUAUGUGUGUAUAGUAAAUCAAGUACUAGUGAACUACGUUGGACGAAUGGAUUAUUCUGUAAUAUACCCGUAGUGAUGUAACUGUACCGAAUGAAUGUGCGAGUGUCCAUGACAAGUGUGGCCGAGAUGGGGAAUUAUUAUAAAUUCAUUUUGUACCGUUUAUUGAACCCAAUAAGUGUUGUGAUUUUUUUUUUACACAACCGAAUUGAAUCACAUCGAAUAAAUUUCAAAUGUUACUUUAAA